UCAUUCAUUCAUUCUCAAUCUUUAAAAUCCCAAGAAUAUUAGAAAACUCUCCAUCUCUCUGAGAGUGAAAAUGGAGAUAACAGUUGCGUUAGUAACAGUUUCCGCAGCUAUAGUUGUUGUGUCGUGGUGGACAUGGAGAACAUUAAUGUUGGUUUGGUUUAGACCAAAGAUGCUUGAGAGUUACCUGAAAAGACAAGGUCUCUCCGGUACUCCUUACACACCGCUCAUCGGCGAUUUGAAGAAGAAUUUUAAUAUGAUGAAGGAGGCGAAAUCCAAACCCAUCAAACUAACGGAUGAUAUCUCACCACGUGUCGUGCCUUUUCCGUUCGAAAUGCUCAAUACACACGGAAGGACGUUUUUUACAUGGUUUGGAACUACACCAACCAUCACUAUAAUGGAUCCUGAGCAAAUCAAGGAAGUGUUCAACAAAAUUUAUGAUUUCCAGAAGCCACAUACGUUCCCGUUGGGUAACGUGAUAGCCAAGGGACUCGCUAGCUAUGAUGGUGAGAAAUGGGCGAAACACCGAAGAAUCAUCAACCCAGCAUUCCACCUUGAGAAGAUCAAGAAUAUGGUACCUGCGUUCCACCAAAGCUGCAGCGAGGUCGUUGGCAAAUGGGAAAAGUUAGUCUCGGAUAAAGGAUCCUCAUGUGAGAUAGACGUGUGGCCAGGGCUUGUGAGCAUGACUGCUGAUGUGAUCUCCCGUACUGCUUUUGGCAGCAGCUACAAAGAAGGACAGAGGAUAUUUGAGCUACAAGCAGAACUAUCACAGCUCAUUAUACUAAAUUUUCUGAAAUCUUUCAUCCCUGGAUAUCUUUAUCUCCCAACAAAGGAUAAUAGAAGGAUGAAAGCAGCAUCCAGAGAAAUACAAGUUAUACUGAGAGGGAUCAUUAACAAAAGGUUAAGGGUUAGAGAAGCUGGGGAAGCACCAAGUGAAGAUUUGCUAGGUAUACUUCUUGAAUCGAAUCUAGGGCAAGCUAAAGGAAAUGAAAUGAGCACUGAGGAUGUAAUGGAGGAGUGCAAGUUGUUCUAUUUCGCCGGACAAGAGACAACUUCAGUGCUUCUGGUCUGGACAAUGGUUCUGUUAAGCCAACACCAAGACUGGCAAGCUCGCGCACGACAAGAAGUGAAGCAAGUUUUUGGCGAUAACGAACCCGACACAGAAGGCUUGAACCAGCUUAAAGUUAUGACAAUGAUACUAUAUGAGGUCCUUAGGCUAUAUCCUCCAGCAGGGCAGCUGACCCGAACCAUUCACAAAGAGAUGAAGCUAGGCGACCUGACACUGCCAAGAGGCGUUCAGAUCAAUCUACCUAUUCUGCUAGUCCAUCGCGACACAGGCCUGUGGGGCAAAGAUGCAGCCGAGUUCAAGCCAGAGAGGUUCAGAGAGGGUGUCUCAAAGGCAACAAAGGGCCAAGUAUCUUUCUUUCCCUUUGCGUGGGGACCAAGGAUCUGCAUUGGCCAGAAUUUUGCUCUGAUGGAGACAAAGAUGGCUCUGGCUUUGAUUCUACAGAGAUUCUCCUUUGUGCUUUCACCUUCCUAUGUUCAUGCUCCUUACACACUCAUCACAUUGCACCCACAGUUCGGUGCUCAUCUUAUCCUACAGAAGAUAUAGUUCUACAACCUCAUGUGAUGUUUAUAAAAGGAGCUUGUUGUAUACGUAAGAAUUCAGAUAUUAAUGGGGUUUUUAAAAAUUGUGGCCUUUUUCAUAGUCGACAACAAUUUUGAUAUGUUUGGUUGUUCAUAAUCCAUGCAUACCAGAAAUCAAAGCAAAGUUACAAAAGUUGCUUUGAAUUGUUUUCUA